UACAAAGUGCUGAUACUUAUUUUUGUGAGAAAAAUAAAAAUGGUGACUGUUCUACGAAAAGCAACAAAUUUCGUCAUCAGAAGGUCAAGUUGUGAAUUUUUUACAAAGUCAUUAAAGGAUAGAUUAUUGUGUAAAGCAUCAGUGACCAGAUUAUACGCCUCUACAAAACCAUCUACAGUAAACCUCAACAGUGAAACAGCAGAAGAACUCAAACUAAGUGAUAGUUGUGUGAAGAGAUUAAAAGAAAUAACAGAUGGCGUGAACCACCUUAGAGUCCUAGUUGAAGGAGGAGGGUGUUCUGGGUUUCAGUAUAAAUUUGAGCUGGAUUCAAAUGUUGCUGAAGAUGACAGGGUUUUUGAGAAAGAUGGAGCCAAAGUUGUUAUUGACAAAGACUCUCUGGAAUUGGUGAAAGGCUCAACAGUUGACUUCUAUCAGGAGAUGAUUCGGUCGGCCUUUAGAAUUAUAGAUAACCCUAAAGCAGACCAUGGUUGUUCUUGUGGAGCAUCUUUCUCUUUAAAACUUUAGGAAGUGACUUGAAAAAGAGUAAUCUUCUCACAUCAUUGAAUCACAGGUGGAGACAGAGUGGAAAACUUAAGUUGAAGUUUUUUACAUGUCAUACUUUGUGUCCAUAAAAAUAUCAUUUGUCAUGUGACACCCCCUUCAGGUGGCUAAAAGAGUUCAAACAACUCAGCACAGUAUAAUCACAACCAUAGGACCAUGUUUGUGUGUCUCCAUCAUGUCAGGAUUAGUUCUAGUCUUUCAAUUGGUGUCAUGAUCAGGUGUUUUACAGGCCAGUGAUACAGAAUGUGAGGCUGCCUUGCCUUUGUUAUGGGUUAAAUUAAUUCACUCAGUUUCCACAUCUCUGUCAAAUGAUGGAAUGUAAAUAUACAUGUACAUAGUUGUCUGUUGGGAUGUCUGAAGUAAAUGGAGUAACUUGUACAUAGUUGACUGUAGUGUUGUGAAACCAAAAUGAAUUCUGUGAUAAAGCAGACUUUUAAAACUUGUAACAUUAUCUUUAGAAUUCCAUCAUUGCAAAGAGGGAAAAAAAACAAUCAGAAAAAAUACUGCAUGUCUGUUAAAUAUUUUCAUCUUUUUCACUACCUUUGAUAUUGAUUAGUAAAUUUUAAAUAUAUGAAAUUUAUACUAUAUUUUAAAGAUGAAUGAACACAGUGAGCGUUCAGUUUAUAAACCAUGUCUUCAUAUAAUCUAGAAUGACAUACUUUAGUAUUGUUCAGAAUUUUGUACAUGCUGAUGCUAAAUUGAGAAAAAGGGUACUUUUUUAAUAAGCUUUUGUUCAAAUUGAUUUCACUUUCUCUUUUCACGUGUUUUUAUGGAAUUUUGUUGUUAAUUUUCCACCCACUUAGAGCAAUUGCUUUCAAACAUGACACAAAAAAAGAAAUCAUUA